AUGUCAUUGUUAGCGUUGUCAUACCCGAUGGUGGCGGUGAUGGCGGCAGCGGCACUCGUGGUAGUAGCCGUCGGAGCAGCAGCACCGGCGCCGAUAGGUAAACGCGGCUGCGAAACGCGGUGCGGCGACGUGAGCGUGCCGUACCCGUUCGGCUUCGGCCCGGACAGGUGCUCCGCAGCGCCAGGCUUCAAGCUCGCCUGCGUCCACGGCAACAGUACCGGUACCAGCUCCGGACCAGGCACACGGCUCCUCCUGGGAAAGGAUGGAGUCUUCGAGGUCAAGGAGAUCUCGCUGGAAAACAGGAAGGUUCGUGGCCUCAUGCCCCCUAUCUUCAGAAACGGCGCUAUCAACAACACUAGCAACGCCACCAUGAGGUCUAUGGGCUUCGGUGACAAGCAGUGUCAGUACUCCCUGCCGACCAGCACCGAGCUGGUGGUCACGGGAUGCAACGUGCAGGUGACGCUCCUCUUCACGUCUCGUACUAGCACCUACGGCUACACCACCGGCUGCUGCUCUCACUGUAACCGCAGUGGUGUGCUCACCGCCGACGACGUCUGGAACAACUACAUGGUCGGCUACUGCACUACCCCGGUCUUCUCGUACCUUGAGUCCUAUAACGUGGAGCUCAAGCGGCUCGUCGGGAACAGCACCAUAAACGACGAUCUGCCCGUGUACGCGUUCAUCGCCGAGGAAGGUUGGUUUGAUUCGGGCCGGGCGAUUCAUCUUAUGAACCUGGGCGCACGUCGCUCCGGACCCAAGGUCGUGGAUAAUAAUCUUGUGGUUCCCCUGACCAUUGACUGGGCAUGCCGGAACGACGGAUCCUGCAACGCAUCCGUCAGCGCUAACUCCAACUGCAGCACCCACUUUGCAGACUACGGAUGUCACUGCAAUCCUGGAUACAAGGGAAACCCUUACAUCACUGAUGGAUGCCAAGAUAUCGACGAGUGCAAGAAGCCAGAAGACCAUGGGUGUUUCGGCGAAUGUCGCAAUAAGCUUGGAUCAUUCGACUGCUGGUGCGCGCGAGGAGGAAACGCAAGCCAACCUAAUGGAUGCCACAAGACCACAUCGAAUAGAGGUUUAGUUAUUGGUCUCUCCGUUGCACUUGGCCCAUCCCUCAUUCUCUUCUUUCUGGGUGGAUUGUUAAUAGUUCGUAAGCUUAAGCAUCACAGGGCUGAAAAGUUGAAACGGAAGUUCUUCAAUCAAAAUCAUGGACAGCUAUUGCAACAGCUAGUAUCUCAAAGGUCUGACAUUGGUGAGAGGAUGAUCAUCCCUCUAAAAGAAAUAGAGAAGGCCACAAACAAUUUUGAUCAAACACGCAAACUCGGUGGUGGAGGGCAUGGUACUGUUUACAAAGGAAUAUUGUCAGACUUACAUGUUGUGGCCAUUAAAAAGUCAAAUAUUAUGGUCCAGAGAGAAAUUGAUGAGUUCAUAAAUGAGGUUGCCAUACUAUCACAAAUCAACCAUAGGAAUAUUGUCAAGCUUCAUGGUUGUUGUCUCGAGACAGAAGUCCCACUGUUGGCAUAUGAGUUCAUUUCCAAUGGAACCCUUGGUGAUCAUCUUCAUAAUGAAUCACCAAAAUCAAUAUCUUGGAGUGACAGGCUAAGGAUUGGAAGUGAAGUAGGAAGAGCUAUUGCUUACCUUCAUUCUGCCGUUUCAGUUCCUGUAAUACAUAGAGACAUCAAAUCUUCUAACAUACUUCUUGAUGAUGCUUUCACGGCAAAAUUAUCAGACUUUGGAGCUUCAAGGUACAUUCCUAUCAAUCAGACUGGUAGAACAGCAACAGCAGUGCAAGGAACUAUAGGAUAUCUGGAUCCUAUGUACUACUACACGGGCGGCUGUCAGAAAAGAGUGAUGUUUAUAGCUUCGGAAUCCUUCUAG